GGCCGCCGCCCGGGGAGGAGAGCGGGCGCUGGGGCGAUCCCAGAACGCACCGCGUCUGCCCGCGCCUGAGCCCCGGCCCCGCCCGGCCGCUGAGGGUGGGGCUUGGUGGCGGCGCAAUUAGGCGGCGGGUGGGGUCGAGAUCUGAAUUCCUACAAAUAAUGUUGGUGGUGCAGAUCUGACCUGUGGUAAUACCUUGAAAGAGUAUGAAUAUUUCAGCAAACUGCCUCUUCAGUGGUUCCUCAUUAGCAUCUGAAGUGCAUGCUGCUGCUGUUAAUGGAGAUAAGAGUACCCUCCAAAAGCUAAUAGCAGGAAACCCUGAGCUGAAAGAUAAAGAGGACCAGUUCGGAAGAACUCCACUUAUGUACUGUGUAUUGGCUGACAGGCUGGACUGUGCAGAGGCAUUGCUGAAGGCUGGAGCUGAUGUUAAUAGAGCUGAUCGUAGUAGAAGAACUGCUCUCCAUCUUGCUGCACAAAAGGGAAAUUACCGCUUCAUGAAACUUUUACUGGCUCGUAGAGGAAACUGGAUGCAGAAGGACUUAGAGGAUAUGACACCAUUACAUUUAACUACACGUCACAAAAGCCCAAAAUGUUUAGCUUUGUUGCUAAAACAUAUGGCACCUGGAGAAGUGGAUACACAGGACAGAAACAAGCAAACUGCAUUGCAUUGGAGUGCCUACUACAAUAACCCAGAGCAUGUGAAACUUCUCAUAAAACAUGAUUCAAAUAUUGGAAUCCCUGAUAUUGAAGGAAAAAUUCCACUUCACUGGGCAGCUAACAACAAGGACCCUAGUGCAAUUCACACAGUGAAAUGUAUUCUGGAAGCUGCACCUACAGAAUCUCUGCUUAACUGGCAAGACUAUGAAGGACGAACUCCCCUUCAUUUUGCUGUUGCCGAUGGGAAUGUAGCUGUUGUUGAUGUCCUAACCUCCUAUGAAGGCUGCAAUGUGACAUCUUAUGACAACUUGUUUCGAACUCCCCUUCACUGGGCAGCCUUACUUGGUCAUGCACAGAUUGUCCAUCUCUUAUUAGAAAGAAAUAAAUUUGGAACUAUCCCAUCUGAUAGUCAAGGUGCAACACCCCUACAUUAUGCAGCACAGAGCAACUUUGCUGAAACAGUUGAAGUAUUUUUGAAACAUCCAUCUGUAAAAGAUGACUCAGAUCUUGAGGGAAGAACAUCCUUCAUGUGGGCAGCUGGCAAAGGCAGUGAUGAUGUCAUUAGGACUAUGCUGACUUUAAAAUUGGAUAUUGAUAUCAAUAUGACAGACAAAUACGCUGGCACAGCGUUACAUGCUGCCGCCCUUUCUGGCCAUGUCAGCACAGUGAAAUUGCUGUUGGAGUAUAACGCACAGGUAGAUGCUUUGGAUGUCAUGAAACAUACGCCGCUUUUCCGAGCCUGUGAGAUGGGACACAAAGAAGUGAUACAAACACUCAUUAGAGGAGGAGCAAGGGUAGAUUUGGUUGACCAAGAUGGCCAUUCACCCCUUCACUGGGCAGCCCUGGGAGGAAAUGCUGAUGUGUGCCAAAUCUUGAUAGAAAAUAAAAUCAACCCUAAUGUGCAAGAUUAUGCAGGUAGAACACCUUUGCAGUGUGCUGCUUAUGGAGGUUACAUUAACUGUAUGGUAGUGUUACUGGAAAACAACGCAGAUCCAAAUAUUCAGGAUAAAGAGGGAAGAACUGCUUUGCACUGGCUCUGUAACAAUGGCUACCUUGAUGCUAUAAAGUUGCUGCUUGGUUUUGAUGCUUUUCCUAAUCAUAUGGAGAACAGCGAGGAGAGAUAUACUCCACUUGAUUAUGCCUUGCUUGGUGAACACCACGAAGUGAUUCAGUUCAUGUUAGAACAUGGGGCUCUGUCUAUAGCUGCCAUACAGGACAUUGCUGCUUUCAAAAUUCAGGCUGUCUACAAAGGAUACAAAGUUAGAAAGGCUUUUCAAGAGAGGAAGAAUCUUUUAAUGAAGCACGAACAGCUGAGAAAAGAUGCUGCUGCCAAGAAACGUGAAGAGGAAAGUAAGAGAAAAGCCAAGCUACAGAAAGGGAUGCAGAGCGUGGAACAAAAUAGGUUUCAAGUACAACAGAAUCCUACAAAUCGAGAGAAGACUACCAGCAUCUCGCAGUCACCUAAUAAAUCAAUUGAUACACAGAAUAAGAGACCUCUGCCCCUCAGUGCUUCACAGAUUCAACCAAGGAGAAACAGUAGAGGUUCACCUAAAGCUUUUCACAACAAAGUUACACCAAGGGAGAGUUGCCUGUCAGGAGACCCUCAGAGUGAAGGUCAUAAAAUCAGGCAAGAUUCAUUGAAGAAACACAUCAAAACCAAGUCAAGUUGUGUCCAUUUCCAUUGUGGCAAAGCAAAAGAGGGAACAAAAGUGGAAGUGAAACAUCAGGUUGCGGCUGCUACAGAGCUGGAUGGAGAAAAGCACAAGGAGCACACUGUCGAGGCAAUGGGUACUUGUGCUCGGAGGAGCAGAAGGCAUACUUCUUCUUGUAGAGCUGCUAGUGUUGGGGAAAAAAUAAGAGAUCCAAGUCAGUCUUCAUCUGGCAACAGGGACCAUUGUGAAGGGACGGCUGUGUUCUUCUGCAAUGUCAGUUGUACCGGUGGAAUUGCAAGAAGCUCAAAGCAGUGUGAAGCUUCUUCCAAAGGCAAAAGGCAUCAGCAGAAAUCCAGAAAUAAAGAGGUAAACGACGAGCGAUGUUCACCAGCUGGCUCUAGUAGACCAGGAAGUGCCAAAACAGUAUUUGUAAGCACCAGAAACGACAGCAUGCGUGCUGUAGAACAGACUAGCAAAGUAGGAAAUAACGAAUUAGCAAAAAAGGCCUCCCCUUUAUUGUCUGCUGAGGCAGAACCUACCAGAACUGUGCCAAGAAACCCAGCAGCGUGCUCUCCUCCUGAUGACAGUUUGAACUUGGAAAAAACAGGCGUAAUUGGGUCCAGGAAUGCAGAUGAUCAAUUAUGUUCUGUCACAUGGCAAAGUACAAAUAUUGAACUAAUCCCUUUAGAGAUUCGAAUGCAGAUUAUAGAAAAAGAAAGAAAAAGAAAAGAGCUGUUUCGGAAGAAGAACUAUGCUGCUACAGUCAUACAGAGGACGUGGAGAAGUUACCAGCUAAGACAGGAGUUGUUUCAGCUUCUUAGUGCUAAGCGGCAGUGCAAAGAAGAUGAAGACAAAUGGAGACAAGAGACAACUGCCUUCUUCAUUCAGGUUGCUUGGAAGAAACAGCUGAACCAUAGCCCUCUGAAGUCAGUUCCUUCAUGUAAAAAUCUGAAAUCUAUAAACAAAAGCAGCUCAGCCAUAAAAACCAGCAAGCAGUCCAUCCUUAAGCAGAUAUAUGGACGUUCUCAGGAAGGCAAAGUCUGUCAACCAACAAGACCUCCUUCUAAGCUGAAACUUUCUGACGUGCAGCUGCUCUCAGCAGACUCAGCCACGAGCACUGUGUUGGUGGCGGAGCCGUCAGCCCGGAAGCCUUCGUUCGUUUAUGAGGGUCAAUGUCAAGUUAAGCUCCGUUAUUGCAGGCUGUGUUAAACACCGACAGUAGCAUUCUGCAUAAGCCGCGCCGGCUGCCGCAGAAACAGAGCUCUAUCUAACAGAUAAUCAGCAGUGAGAUGUCAGGAUAAAGGCACGUUCUUUUCCUGGCAGAGUCAGCGUUUAUGAAAUCUAGAAUGCAGUGCAGAUUAAACUAAAGUUACUCAUCGAAACCAUUUUGUGUUCUUUUACAGUAAACAAUUUACAGUGUGUCAAUUUGCUGGAGAACAUGGGAAAAUCAAAGCAAUUUUCAUACAACUUGAGACCAACCACUGCCGCAAAGUCAAAAAAUACAAGACUCAAGCACUAAGCAAAACUGAAUGUUUGGAAUUUAAAAAGCACACUCCGGUACAGCUAUUAUCUUUCACAACGUACAAGUCAUCUACAACAUACUGAAUUUGAACACAUUUUCACUUUAGUAUUAUCUCAGCAUUACAUGCCAAGCAGACUUCCGAGGAGUUGGACUCAUUGUAUUUUGUGGACAAAUUAGUUUUUAAAUGCAACUGUUAAUUUAUUUACUGACAGGAUAAAAUCUAAAUUGUAUUUGGAAACAGAAAAACAAAGCACUAAGCCCAGCCUGACAAUAGAGUUGGGGGGCUCCCAAAGUUGUCUGUUGUCAAAAGUCAGGAUUUUGAAUGUGUUCAUCAAAUGCGGUUUCAAAGGAGAGGGAAACUGUACUAAAGACGGACCAGUUCUGAAAGACUGCGCUUCAAUUUCACCUCAAAUUUACUAAAUGUAUUUCAAUAUCUAAACAGGAAUGGAAAAACAGCCUUCAUGCUCCGCUUCUGUACUAAAGAAAUAAUCGUUUCUAAGAUAUCUCUGGAUUUAGAAGGAAAAGUAGAGAUGUUGACAAAAACUACUCAGUAAAUAAACUGGUUUUCUACCCUUUAUCACCAAUUUUUUCCCUAUUAGCAACUAUUUUUAUACACGCACAGAAAGUUUCUACAGAAAGCAAGACAAGAUGGGACUUGUUCUUAUAGUAAUAGCUUUGGACCUGCCAGCGUACAGUAUUUACCUCGCACAAAGUAUUUAAAAAUAUGAACUCAGUGAAAAUAAAACCCGUUACUCCAGUUUUAAA